GCAGUGGCCGGCGCCGCAGCCAGGAGCCAUGGGCAACAUCUCCUCCAACAUCUCGGCCUUCCAGUCCCUGCACAUCGUCAUGCUGGGCUUGGACUCGGCCGGCAAGACCACGGUGCUCUACCGGCUCAAGUUCAACGAGUUUGUGAACACGGUGCCCACCAUCGGCUUCAACACCGAGAAGAUCAAGCUGAGCAACGGCACGGCCAAGGGCAUCAGCUGCCACUUCUGGGACGUGGGCGGCCAGGAGAAGCUGCGGCCGCUGUGGAAGUCCUACAGCCGCUGCACGGACGGCAUCAUCUACGUGGUGGACUCGGUGGACGUGGACCGGCUGGAGGAGGCCAAGACGGAGCUGCACAAGGUGACCAAGUUCGCCGAGAACCAGGGCACGCCGCUGCUGGUCAUCGCCAACAAGCAGGACCUGCCCAAGUCGCUGCCGGUGGCCGAGAUCGAGAAGCAGCUGGCGCUGCACGAGCUCAUCCCGGCCACCACCUACCACGUCCAGCCGGCGUGCGCCAUCAUCGGCGAGGGCCUCACCGAGGGCAUGGACAAGCUCUAUGAGAUGAUCCUGAAACGCAGGAAGUCUCUCAAGCAGAAGAAGAAGCGGUAAUGCGCCGGGCGGCGUUCGGGGGCGAGGGGGAGCGAGUGAGUCAGGAAUGAAUGAACGGCUGGGUGGAGGAGCGAGAACCCGCGCCCGCGAACAAAGGCAGCGAACCAAAGAGAUGCUUCCAAUUUUUAAAACGGAAUCUCUGCACCCAAAGGCGGGACUAGUGACUUAAUGCGGGUGUGAGGCCCACUUGCCAGCCUGCCCUCGACCUGCCCCCUCCCCAGCUCAGGGGACCUUUUGUCUGGACCCGAGAGCUUCUGAUGGGGUGGGGGAGCCCAGGAAGGAACGGUCGGGGACCGCGGGAGCGGGGAGAGUGGACGGCAGGUCCUGCUUCCUUCUGCCCUCCUGGCCCCAGGUGGAGGGCUCAGAUAUCCGAGAGACAAAAGGGAUUUCUUCCUACUCCAGCAGGGUCGGAAGUUCAGGCUGCCCCGCCCCCACCGGGGGAAUUGCACCUGUGAGUUACCUGAGGCAUGCAGCUCCCAGAACCCUGGGGGCUACCCAUCAGGGGGCAUUUGGCUCUGGGGGGUGCUGGGCGGGAAUAUGUGCCCCUUGCGCACAUAGGCUGCAGGUGUUGGAUAAUUUUAUGUCACAGGGCAGGCCCCUGUUGAGAUUUCGUUGGCUCUGCUCUGGACCCAAAGGAGCUGGCAGCGUGGACUGCCUGGGACUAUGCCACAGCCUGAGGACACCGGGAAGUGGUGCUGGCCUUGGCUGGGAGAUGGCCGCAGAGAUGCCCCUUUCCUGGUGCUUUGUGGUGGCUACAGAAGACCGGUUUUGUGAGACCUCACCUGGAAUCAGACAUCUUCCAGAUGGGUUGGACUCUCUCCAUGUCUAGGUCAUUAUCACACAAAGAGACCAAUAAAAAUUCAAAACAAAACAACACAACUGUUGGAGGUGGUGGCAAAUGAUGCAUUUACUGUUUGCAGGAUUGUUAAAGGUGUUUAAAGGGUAAGUCUCUUGGUGUAAAUGCUGGAUGGGGGGGUUACGUGGCAAUACAGGGAACCCCCCACUGUGCUGUGUAAUCAGCGUAAACACCUAGACCCAUAUGUGUGGAAUUUUAAAUUCCCUUAGCCUACUGGUUGGUUUGUAUGAGCACACCAGCUGUAGAUGUGUGCUGAAUUGCAAGAUGGUUUUUGCAAGGGAUGCCUCUUGUAAUACUAACCGUGUGGUGAUGGGUUUUCAGACGCGAUUUAAAAAAAAAAACUUUUACAAAUGAAUAUUUACCUUAGAAAUUUUCAACUUAGGAAAAAAAGACUUUGUCCUGCCCUUUUAUGUCCCUUUACACUGCAAGUAGCGACAUGUUCAGAUUUCUGAUUUGGUUCAUUGUGGCAUAUCUGGUUUAAGUAUUUCAUUAAAAAUGUCUCCUUUGAGUAUUUGAUGUCAUGCACCAAAAAAUGAAACCCCACCUUGUUGCAAAAGCUGACCUCGUUGCAUGGAUUUAAAAGCGAAGGAAAAGCACAAGGAUGAGGUCCUUUCUGAUCCAUUCUUGUGUAACCUGGCCUGUGGGAGCCCCGCAGCACUUUAGCCAAAUGCAAACAACCAUUGCUUGAGAUUAAAGAAAGCUUGUGACGUCAUGGUCACCAGGACCCGGGUACUUAACAGUUUACUUGAAAGAGGCUUAGGUAAAAGAAAAAUAAAUGCAUAUUUUUAAUAAUGUAAUUUUAAAAAUCCUUUAAAAUCAGGACCGAGUCUUGGUUUGCAGAGGCUAUCCUUUACCGUGAAACACAGUAUCAAAAGGGAAAUUUAACCGUAUUCUUUGAUUUUUAUUUCCUGUUUGAAUCCAUGGUUACUGGUAGAAUCAUGGGGUUCCCCCUUCCCCCACUGUUAUAUAUUUCCUACAAAGCAGGCCUAUAGAAAUUGAACAUGACCAUGACUGAGAUAUGAAUUAGUCCAUUGCAAGUCCAUACCUAUUGUCCUUUGCACGCCGCAAGUUAAUUUAAGAACCAGAGGUAGAUGUUCUGGCUUCCUGCUCAAAAUCCCAUUCUUAUAUGAAAUAUUUUUUAAAAAGAAACCCAGUAGCCCAUGUUCCUCAUAUCCUUUGUCGGUGUAUUUGGUACCCCUCCAACUCUGGUCUUUUGUAGAAACUCAGUAGAGAAAUACAGCUAAGCAGUGUUGAAAAGCCUGCACGGUUUCAGUUUACAUAUCGACAGCAUCUUCACUGAUUUCUAAAUGGGCUGGCCCCAUCAUCUGAGGAUUCUGUAUAGAAUAAAAUAAAAUCCACCUUCCUUUAUUUUCUUCACAUGCAACAACUUCUUAAGCACUUUGACAUUUUGGUAGUUCCACACUAUUGAGAGAAUAAUAUAUUUAUUUUGUGACAUUGCAGAUGCCAAAUACUGUAACCUCCUCGUGCUGACGAUUCUUAGGUUCCAGAUCACUGUUCAGAUCCUGUCAUGCUUUAAAAACAAUGCAAAAUGAUAGUGUUUUUUGCAUUAUCAACACUUAAGGGUACAGUCAACUGUUAGUAAUUGUGCAGUAAAGCCUUGUGUUAUAUCAACUAAUAGUCCAGAGUUUCAGUUGAUUUCUGUAAUGUUUGACCUAAUAAUAGCCCAUUUCUGAUGAAAUAGGAAGUACAUAAGCUCACCUGGGACUGGUCACCGCCCCCCCCAUCUGUGAUUUAUUAUUAUGCCUUCCGCCUUUUGGAGAAUGAAUGGGUUUCACAUGGAGGAAAUUGGCCUUGCCAGGUGAGCCUUGGCAAUGUUUUUUGAUCGACACAAGGAGGCCAGUUUCGUUGCAGAAUGAGUUCAUUCAUUCAAUGCUCUUCCCCAUUUCCCUGGAAUGGUGUUGGGGCUGUGUCUCCUGGUUUCAUUUUCUGUUUCCACAGUUGUAAUUCUCUGUCCUGAUCAUCCUCUUCUGUUUCCAUUCCCUUUUAUAAUGCAUACAUGAUGCUGUGAACAGAAAUAAAUUAUUUAUACAAGCAA